AUGCCAUGGCAAAGGCCGUCGCUCAAUCCCCUCGUCGUUGCUGGAAGUCCUGCCGCAACUGAGGCGGUGUGUGAUCUACAUCCACAUGCUGCGCCGGUUCGUGGAAGCAUCGACGCCGAGGACAGUGCCAGAGCGUUUUAUUUAAUCCUUCGUAUGCACUUUUGCGAGCCGCUCUACGAGCCUCAUGACCCAUCACAGAACAUCGGGAUGGAACACAUCCGAGGUCCUCGCUCGCUCUUCCGGCCCGGGAUUUUACGAGCGUACGGGCGAGGGCACGUCGAGGGCAUUGACACUCCCAAAGUGGCUGAGGAGCUGCGUGUUUCCUCGACGAUCACCACUUUGCGCAGACGUGCGCAUCAGGGCCGCUCAACGGAACUUGGUCGCUCUGGAUUGGCCAGUAUACAUAUCUCCUGCUUGCUGUCUGUUAGUUCUUAG